UAACACCACUACUACCUUGGGGUCUUCUGCAUCCCGCCCUUGUAAUCUUGCUCUCCCGUGCUUGUCCUGACGCAUGUCCAGACUAGAGCACGCCCCCACUGAAAGCGAAAGUGAAUGUGAAGGCCUACGCUCGUUCCACGAUAGCCAUCCAUGAUACCAUCAAAUACUUUUUUGAUAUGUUGGUCUGUCUAGGCGGGUGUAGGGUGUGAUUUGCACAGAGCCGUGUCAAGAAGCCGUAGAGCACGGUGUGUGUCUCAAAGAACCAGGAAACGACCGUCUUCGACGAACGCGUCACGUGCGCAGGAGGACCUUGUUCAUAUCAUGAUGUUCAUGCGGUGUGAUUGUGCCAACUGAGUGUAAAACGUUGCAACCCUAAACCGCUGCUGAUCUAUUUCUCUACAUAGCCCAGGGCCAUCAUGGUCAGGAGACUGUUUCUCUGCUUUAUCCUUCUCGGUUUCUCAGUGUCAACAAACUCUGGCAACCAAAGAAACGAGAAGGAGAUAAGGAAGAUAAACUCAAUCGAGGAACUAGCUGACAACAACAUUGACUUUGGUAAAAGAAUCCCCCGCCAUGGCUUACUUCUCCUCUUCUGGCUGUCAAGGCCUGCAAACAUAGAGAUUGAUCAGAAUGACGUCAUACAGCUCCUCAAUAUUGACCCAUCUCAGGGUGAUUAUGGCUUCCAUUACUAUGGCAACUAUGAAAAAACGCUACCGUCUGAUCGUAAGUACUCGUAUUACACAUUGGGCAACCUCAACUCUGAUAAGUUUCCAGGCAGUUUAGACUUGCCUUCCUACGUCACCCAGUACUACAGGUCCAAUUAUCCAUACAAUCUCAGAAAUAUGGACAGAGUUGUCGUGCAGGCUUACCGAAACACCCCUAGCAGAGUGAGAAGCGUCUUUAUCUCUGUCCACUAUGACAACUUCAUGGAGAUCACUCCCCAGCUGCUGAGAGAGAUUCAAAGUAUCCAAACAUGGGAGGAGUUCCUUGAGCUGGCUGGCUUCGACUUCAACACAGGAGACGACCACCACCGAUGGCGGCGGCGGGACCAUGAUGACAGAGAUGGAGGGCCACCAGGAGGUGGCACCGUGGAACAAAAACGAUCGUCAAAAAAUGACAAAACACACACGGAAACCAAGCAUGAAGGAAGUUCUAAUGCUCAGCCAAACACGAAUAAAAAUGGAGCUAAAAAAGGCCAUCAGCAUUACAAUGGCCCAUUUCAAUAUAUUAUGAUGGCCCCAUUAUCUUUGAUAUCCUCUCUCCUUUCUUUUGUAGUGAGUGUCAUCACUUUUCCUUUUUCUUUGAUUUUGGCAGCCAUGAAAUUUCUAGGACUUGUGAUCACAAGUCUUUUAUCAUUUAUAUGCACCAUCAUAUCUUCUUUCUUUCAUUUUCUAAUUAGUGUGAUCAUCCUCUAUCCUUCAUCUUACAUUGCUUAUGCUGUACAAUGUCUGUAUGUUGUGCUCUUGCAUUUGUUAAGCGCUAUAUGUACCAUUGUUUAUCUGGUUGUCAUAGGUAUGUGCAUUGCAUGUCUUGUGAACUAUUACAUCACUCCCUCUCGUCCCGUCACUCCUCCUUCACACGCUCCUCGUCCUCAAAUCUUAGUGUCCCAGUAAUCCAUGCAGGGCUUGACAAUGGCACCUGCCAACCGGCCAAAUGCUGGUAAAACGUGGCUUUGGCUAGUAAUACUUUCAGUGUUACUAGCCAAUUUGGCUGGCCGCUUGUUCCUUGGUAUCACAUACACAUCUUGCCCUAUAUUCUGUUGUUGGCCCCUUGUGUAUUAAUUGUUUAUAUUUAAGUUCAAGAAAAGCUGAGCUUGAUUUGUAUUUGGUUGAUAUACUUCCUUGUAGAAAUCAUCUUGCUUUGGCACCACAUCUUCUGAAGUUAGACGUACAUCAUCAUGAUGAAGAAAAGAAAAAAAAAACAAUAUAAAAUCUGUGGCGUAAAAUAUGUUGAGACACAGCCCCUGUUAUUAUGUUUGCUGUUACCAGGGUGGCCAUGUGUAAUGGAUCAAAGAAACCGCUCAGUCUUGCCACUGCCAGAGUUGGGGGUUGAACAAAAUGUGCAGAGGCUGGCCAGAAAUUUGGAAUGUCAAAAUGGGGUCCUUCAAGGCCAAAAAAGUUUGGGCACCACUGCCAUAGGUCAUAGUAUGUAGGCUAUGCAGUAACACUUCACUUCACUUCACUUUACUUCACUUCACUUCACAUCCAUAGCAGCUGUUAUAAAGUCUACACGAAGCAUUCAUGAUUGUUUCAUGACCCAUUCAUACCAAACCUUUCAUUAGCGGGCGGAAGGACAGCAACUUAUCAAAAUAAAAGUUAAACAAAGGCAAGGCAAGGCAAAUUUAUUUGUAUAGCACAUUUUCAUACAAAAGCAACUCAAAGUGCUUCACACACAGGACAAUAUAAAAGUAAAAAUAAAAGUAAAAAAAAAAUGGAAAGAGCAUCAUGUACGUUAAAACAAUAAAUAAAUAGAAUAAAAAAAUACAUAUGUGUAGGAGCAACGGUGAGAUAAAAAUGUUAGGUAAAACCAUAAAAUCAUUUUUAAAAAACCUUUAAAAAAUCCCUAACUCAGGGGCUGUUGAGAUCGAAAGACCUAGGGAUAGGCAAGGGUGAAAAGGUAUGUCUUUAGCUUUGUUUUAAAACAGUUCGUCGUUGGAGCGUUUUUUGUGCUCACAGGCAGGCUGUUCCAAGCCUUUGCAGCAUAGGAGCUGAAAGCGGCUUCUCCUUGUUUCGUCCUGGUAGUGGGUGGAACCAGGAGGACUCUGUCAUGAGAUCUGAGAGACCUGGCAGGGGUGUAGGGCUGCAGUAGGUUUCUCAGGUAGAUAGGGCCAGUACCAUUUAAAGACUUAAAAACAAGCAAUACAAUUUUAAAAUCUAUUCUUUGCUGAACUGGUAGCCAGUGGAGGUGUUUCAGGAGUGGUGUCAUGUGGUCUGUCCUUUUUGCCCUCAUCAGGAUUCUGGCUGCUGCGUUUUGAAUCAGCUGGAGUUGCCUAAUGGUUUUCUUGGGCAGGCCUGUAAGGAGGCCAUUACAAUAAUCCAAUCUGCUAGAGACAAAUGCAUGGAUCAGUUUCUCUAGGUCAUUUUGUGACAUGAAGUUCCUCAGUUUUGAAAUGUUUUUUAGGUGGUAGUAGGAGGAUUUUGUGAUGGCUUUGAUAUGAGAAUUAAAAGAAAGCUCGCUGUCCAGCAGGACGCCCAGGUUUUUUACCUCAGUUUUGUCAGAGGGUCAGAGUGUCCAGUGGGCUGAGGUCAUUGGGAGACAGGGAAAAGUAGAGCUGGGUAUCAUCAGCAUAGCUAUGGUAGGAGAUCUGAUGAUGACGGAUCACCUGGCUUAGUGGGAGCAUGUACAAAUUGAACAAAAGAGGGCCUAAAAUGGAUCCUUGUGGGACUCCGCAGUGGAGGGGGGUGGGACGUGAUGUGCAGUUGCCUAUGGAGAUUAAAAAUUGUCUACCUUCUAGGUACGAUUUUAGCCAGUCAAGAACUGCACCAGAGAGGCCGACCCAGUGCUCAAGUCUGUGAAGCAGAAUGGAAUGGUCAACUGUGUCAAAUGCUGCGCUAAGGUCCAAUAGUACAAGUACAGUUGCCUUGCCAGUAUCGAGGUUAAAAUGUAUGUCAUUUAAUACUUUGAUCAGUGCUGUCUCAGUGCUGUGAUGUGCCCGGAAGCCUGAUUGUAAGGUGUCGAAGCAGUGGUGAGAGGUUAAAAAGUCAGUCAGUUGAGUAAAAACAACUUUCUCAAGAAUUUUGCCUAUAAAUGGCAGGUUUGAGAUAGGCCUGUAAUUAUUUAAAACAGUGGGAUCGAGGCUUCUCUUCUUGAGGAUUGGCCUGACAAUUGCCGUUUUUAGAGAGCUAGGAACUACUCCCGAUUGCAGUGACAGAUUUGCAAUGGUCAGCAACUCAGAGGAGAUGAAUGGGAGAACGGACUUCAGAAAGUUAGUUGGAAGUAUGUCAAGGCUGCAGGUGGUGGAAUUUAGCCUUCUUACUGUCUCUGAUAGGGUCUCUAGAGUCACUUGGGAGAAUUCAGAAAAAGUGUUAAUGCUGCCACUAGAUGGCGGCAGUGGGUCAGAGCAGGAGGUUGUGGGUGGGGGUAUACUAGCUCUAAUGUCCUCAAUUUUUGACU